AUGAUGGGCCAUCCAGGAAUCAGCGCGAUGGAGUAUGCUGGACGAAACGAGGAGGAAAACGGGAAGAAAACGAAGGACGGGAGGAAGAAGAAAAAGGAGUGGUCUCUGAAAGGACGCUUGACGCCGUCUACAGUUUCAGUGCAGGAGGAAAACCGUCCCCCCGCCACCGCGAGCGCAGAAAACCAAGCGCCAGACUUGCCAGACCAGCAAGGCGAGGAGAUUGGCAGCAUCCAGCAGCGCCGGCGUGGCACUUUCAUCAACCACACUCCGCGCGACUUUGAGAUUCGGACCUCGAAGCGAACGGAGGCCCAGUCUUCUACUGAGAGUUAUUCUCGCCCGCACACCUCUUACCAGGGAAGCUCGGAUAUUAACACGCGUCCGUCGUCGAGACAGCAUGGCCAAAACUCCUCGUUUGGGUCCUCGCAUGCUGAGACCAAGUGCUAUGGCGUCUCGGAUUGUCCCGUCGAACUGGAUUCUAAAGCGGUUGCGCGUGCCCACUCGGAGAACUCAGACUCGCGAUCGUGGACGGCGAAUGACGACUCCACUGAGAUUUCCAAGGCUGAUAAGAAGCCCGCUCAGUCGCCUACGGAGCCCACAGAUACUUAUGGUGGCGCACAAGAAGAUGGUUCUACGGCGGUCGAGUUUCAGGGAGAUAGCAAGCCACGUCGUCGUCAGACGCCUUUUAAGAACUCGAGUCCGCCGUCGACCUGCUCAACUCGGCACAUGCCUUUGGAGCCAUUGGUAGCACAGCAUCGCCGUGGGCCGGCCAUUAGCAAAGUGAGCGAUCUGCCGCCUCAGCUACAUGUUGAUCAGGUUGCGCAGCUCUCGACGGACAGAGCAUUCCAGGAGUAUUUCCGCGGUCAAGAAGGCACUCAGACGCCCGAGCAGAGCGCCAUACAUGGUGAGGUCCGGCCCAUGAUUAGGACGCCAGAAGUUCCGAUUCCCAGUUCUCCCCUCGCCUUUCCAGCAGGGGAUUUGAAGAUCCCAAAUGCGCCGGCCCCAGACCUCCCACAUCGAAAUCCAGAGCGCCUCAUCGACCCGAGUACCCCCCAUCUUCGUACCAGAUCCGGACUCUCCUUAACUGGGGACUUCGCAUCCGCCGCCAGGGGACAAUACUCGCCAUACGACAGGCAGCACGACACAGCAUCACCAACCAUGCCCAGGAGUCGCGGACACACUCCAGCAGCGCAAAGCAGCAGAGCCGACUCAUCCGCACAAGGAGGCAAACUGGCCCCACCAAUCCCAAGCCACGAACAGCUCACCGCCAGCACCGGUCUGAGCGACCUGUGUUUCUUCCUCAAGAACUCUGGCCCGCCGCCAGCGCUGCCGGCAUUACCGCCCAGGAGUACGCCCCAGAAGAAAGGGAAGUCUGGCUUGAAGGUAUUCAAGGUGCGCAACAGGAUGUCUUCCGUCGUACGGGUGAGCUCCAUAGGCCCACAGCAAAGGAGCAAGGUUGCGCCAUCCCUGCCUGCCUGCGCCCGACAGACGUCGACGACGGGAGGAGCCAAGCACAUUGAGAUUGUGGUGCCGGCCGGGGAUCAGAGGGGCACAGUUCCCGUCAACGGAGGCGCUGUCUCCAAGCGCGUCUCGAUUGCAUGGACGGACGAGAUGCUCAGCCCGCUGGCGAGCCCGGCAGUCGAGGCUGCCAUAUCCGGCCGUCGCCAGGACCCGUCGUCUCCCUCUCCGCCUCCGCGCGGUAGUCCCAGGAACCCGCGGAAGCCGCCAACGCCUCCGAGGCUGGUGCCCGUCGACCGGCACCCGCUGGCGUCCAGGGAGGAGCAGACGCGGGCCAGGAAGCUGCGGGAUCUGGAGAGGGUGAGGGGCAAGGGGGAUGCGGGUGCCGGCGCUGGGGCUCCUCGCCGCUCGACGGAUUCCAUCGAGCGGCUGGGCGAGGCGAUGAGGCUGGUGAGGGAUGAGACCGUGCAGCUGCGGGGGCUGAACGCGGAGUUGACGGCGGCGCUGGCGAGGGUCUUGGGGGUGGAGGAUACGGGGCCGGAGAGGGUGCUGGAGGCGUUUAGGGAGAGGUGUGGGUAG